AUGCCGUCAGCUUGUCCAACACUGUCAUUACGCCCGCGGCAAACAGCCGUGGUGGCCCAGGGACCAGGGAAGCUCGCAAUCCAGCACGAUGCACCCAUGCCCGCCCUCGGUCCAGACAUGGUAAUCGUAAAGACCGCCGCAGUGGCCAUCAACCCGGCCGACGCGAAGAUGCUCGACUACAGCGCAGCGGUUGGCGCCAUCCACGGGUACGACUUCGCCGGCACCGUCGUCGCCCUAGGCGCCGACGCCCUUGCAGCGGGCCACUUGGCCGUCGGCGAUAGGGUAGCGGGCCUGGUCCACGGCAUGAACAAGCUCAAACCAGACGUGGGCGCCUUUGCCGAGUACGUGGGCGCGUAUGCGGAUCUGCUGCUGAAGAUCCCCGACGAUGUGAGUUUCGAAAAUGCCGCGUCCUUGGGGACUGGCGUUGCCACUGCUGCGUUGGGCCUGUUCCAUGAAUUACGCGUGCCGGCGUCUCUGGAGCAGCUCUCCACGCGCGUGGACAAGCCCGCCGCAGUGGGAGAGGGAGAGGGAGGAGGGGAGUUUGUCCUAGUUGCAGGCGGCAGCACCGCAACCGGCACGCGUGCUCUCCAACUGCUUAAGCUAGCCGGCCUCCGCCCCAUUGCCACCUGCUCGCCCUCCAACUUCGAGCUGGCCCGCCGCUUCGGCGCCGAAAAGGUCUUCGACUACCGCAGCCCAACCUGCGCGGAGGAGAUCCGCGCAUACACGCGCAACGAGCUGGCCUACGCUCUCGACUGCGUCACCCAGGCCGACACCACGCAGCUCUGCUACGCGGCCAUCGGCCGUGUGGGCGGCCGCUAUGUCUCGCUCGAGCCUUUCCGGGAGACCAUCUCGCAGACUCGCCCGUUGACGAUUCAGCCGUCGUGGGUUAUGGUGCUGACGAUCUUCGGUCAUAAGGUUGCAUUGGACGGGGAGUAUGGGCGUGAGGCGCGGCCGGAGGACCGGGCGUUUGGGGCAAGGGCUUUUGCGGCGGUUCAGGCGCUGCUGGAUCGGGGGCUGAUUGAUGCUCAUCCGGUCAAGGUGCAGGAUGGUGGUUGGGAGGGGGUUAUUCGAGGGGUGGACCUUAUUCGCAGUCAGGCAAUGUCUGGUCAGAAGCUUGUGUAUUCUGUAGAGUCUUAG